AUGGAUUUCUUUCAAAACGCUAAUCUACAACAAGCUUCGAAUAAUCCGUUGCGAGAAGCAUCAAAUAAAAUAACACCUGUGCUAGAAUUGCUAAAAGGUGAAAUGACUAUGGACGAUUAUCUUAAUGGUAAUCAAAAGACGAUUCGUAAGCGAAGACAACAGGAAAGGGAACAAGAUGAAAAUUUUGAACCCAUUGUUAAUAACACGAAAGACGAAAUCAAACUUAAACCUAAAGAUUCAAAUAGAAAGCCACUGUAUACAUACGCAUCAUUGAUUGGACAAGCAAUUCUUCAAGCUCCAAAUAGAAGGUUACCUUUAAAUGAAAUUUAUGAAUGGAUAAUGGCUACAUAUCCAUUUUAUAAAAAAGAAAAUAAAGGAUGGCAGAAUUCAAUUCGACACAAUUUAACACUUUGCCCGGCAUUUCGUAAAGUUGAAAGAGAAAGUGGGCAUCCUGCAAAAGGUUCUUACUGGAGUAUUCCAGACGAAUUUAUGUGCUGCUUUGUUAAUGGUGCCUACAAAAAUGAAAGAAUGCCAGCGAACGAUAAAAAGAAAAAAAAAUCAAAAACCGGCGAUAAAGAUGUGUCGAGCGAAUGCUCAACGCCGGUGCCUAAUGUCAGAAAUCGAAAUACGACAACCCCUAGUAAAGUGAAAGUGUCGGAUGAGAGACAUGAAGGACAACAAUAUGAAAACAAUGACUCAAAUGAAUAUUCAAAUAUUCAAGAUACUAUAUUGAACAGUAAUCAAUCCUUCGAUGACGAUUUAAACUCUCAAGAUACUUAUAUGUUCAAUAUACAACCAGUUGAUACGUACAACCAUCAAAUUAUCGACAUUUUUCAAUACGCAGGUGGAUUGACUGAAAUGGGCGAUCAAGCUUCUGAAAUAGAUGAUUUUAUCAAUGAUCAUAACUUCACUGAUACGCUAUCAGCUUCAGGCAAAACAUUCUACGGACUUGAGCAUUGUCAAGCUAAUAUUGAUAAUGUAAGCCCCGAUCCCGAUGGUCUGCGUUACUUUUACGCGAUGAAAUGUAAUGUAAAGCAAGAAUGCGAAAGAUAUGUUAAUAUGCGCGAAGUCGAGUUUCAGGAUUUGGACGCA